GCACUCAGUGAUGUCACCUCCGGAAGGGCCUCCCUGCGCUGGGUUCCGCCGUCACCCCGGUACCGGUGCCGGUGCCGCCGCCAGCGGCCAUGAGCAAGCGGAAGGCGCCGCAGGAGAGCCCCAAUGAGGGCAUCACCGACUUCCUCACGGAGCUGGCCAAUUACGAGCGCAACGUGAACCGGGCCAUCCACAAGUACAACGCGUACAGGAAGGCGGCCUCGGUCAUCUCCCGCUACCCCGGCAAGAUCCAGAGCGGGGCCGAAGCCAAGAAGCUGGAUGGAGUAGGCGCUAAAAUAGCUGAGAAGAUAGAUGAGUUCUUAUCCACGGGAAAGCUGCGCAAGCUGGAGAAGAUUCGACAAGAUGACACAAGUGCAUCCAUCAGUCUCCUGACACGAGUUACUGGCAUUGGUCCUGCUGCUGCCAGGAAGUUUGUUGAGGAAGGAAUUAAGACUUUAGAAGAUCUCAGGAAAAACGAGCACAAGCUGACCCAUCACCAGCGAAUUGGGCUGAAAUACUUUGAAGAUUUUGAGAAAAGAAUCCCAAGAGAAGAAAUGCUGCAAAUGCAGGAGAUUGUGCUGAAAGAGGUAAAGAAGCUGGACCCAAACUAUAUUGCUACAGUCUGUGGCAGUUUUAGACGAGGCGCAGAGUCAAGCGGUGAUAUGGAUGUUCUCCUGACCCACCCGAGUUUCACAUCUGAAUCAUCCAAGCAGUCGAAACUUCUGCAUCAAGUUGUGGAACAACUGGAGAAAGUCCACUUUGUGACUGACGUGCUGUCUAAAGGAGACACAAAAUUCAUGGGUGUCUGUCAGCUGCCAAAUAAAGAAGAUGGAACAGCCUAUCCACACAGGAGAAUUGAUAUCCGGCUUAUCCCCAAAGAUCAGUAUUACUGUGGUGUACUGUACUUCACAGGAAGUGAUAUAUUCAAUAAGAACAUGAGAGCUCAUGCUCUGGAAAUGGGCUUCACCAUCAAUGAGUACACAAUCCGUCGCCUGGGUGUCACUGGAGUUGCUGGGGAGGCCCUGCCAGUUGAAUCUGAAGAAGACAUCUUUGACUAUAUCCAGUGGAAGUACCGAGAGCCAAAGGAUCGCAGUGAAUAACUGCUUGUUUAGACACCAGAAUGAGAAUCCUGAAGUACUCCGAAAGAAUACCAUUUCCAGCUACUGUCUGUAUCUCCUUAUCUCUGCAUUAAAUGUCCUGGUGUGGUGCUGAAGCUCAUGUUAAGCUGUUUCCAUGUCCGUCCUUCAAAAACCUUUCAGUAUGGCCAUAUACUGAUGUGCCCAUUCUUCUGUCACAUAGAACCCAUAUUCAUUGUUCCUAUGUUGUAGCAUUAUUGGUUGCAGUGAUGUGUGUUUUGUUUGCCAUUACCCAGAAGACUGGUCUGAGUAAUUGAGGCAUUUCUACCACCCAUGUAGAGUGGAUUUGCCUUCUUUUUUAUGCAAACCAGUCAGCUCUGAUUUUGAUAGCCCCUCUUAAAGCACUGUGAACGGUAGGUAGUGAUUAUUUUGGAUGUGAGAGGAGGGCUCAUCAAGAUUGCAUUACUAGUUGUAUGUGGGACUGGGAUUCUGUUGGUUAAUUUAAAGAACUUAAUAUUAAGUAAAACUUAAUAAAAGUAAGUUUUAAGUAGCAAACUACUACUUUGAUGUAUUACAAAGCAUCAACAUGGAAUGUAUUGCUGCUAUUGUGUUUAAAUA